CGAAGCCGGAUGAUUACUGAUCGAUGAGCGGAUUUCGAAAGUUUAGUGCGAGUCAGAGUGCUUCGCUGGGUAAAAGCGUCGGAAACAGGGAACCAAGCCCUAGCCAAGCUGUUGCUUCAGGAGCUAUCAAACGGGCAACUCUUUGGGAAAAAAUCGGCAGGGUAUCGCAGCUCCGAUCCAGGCUCACCAGAGAAAGGGAAGAGGAACCAUCGGAGCCUAUGGCCGUCGUUAUGGAACCAUGCACUCGGACAGGCUAAGAUGGUCGAUGAAGAUUUCUUGAGACGGAACCGAGUAAGGACACGACCAAUUUCACACUACCAAUAUUGAUGUACAAUUUAAACUUGAUGGUCGAAAUGUGCGAACAAGAUUUCGAUAAACAGAAAUGUUCUGCUAAGGACAGGGAAGAGCAGCUGGAAAUUGAGGAAGAAAAUCUAAUUCUCAUUACCCAAUUCGGAUAGGAUGACAUCCAGACUUUGGAGGGAGCGCUCGAGUUGGUGAAGGCUUUAGUAGAACCGGAAGAUGGUUCAGUUUCACUAGAAGAUUGUGAGAAGAUCUUUUAUCCAAAUCCAGUGUAAUUAUCCUUCCGAGUACAAGGAAUUUGGCUUAGCAGAUUUAACUCCAGAUGUAGUUUCCCCGCUCAAAGCAGCGAGAUUGAAAAAAAUGGAACCCGUUUAUUGAUCCCACACGCCGUUUAGAACUUAUCAAAAGCUACCAUUCAAUCCUUGUUUUCAAUCAAUGUUUUCAGUUUACAUUGAAGUACUAACUGUAUUAGAACGAUUUUUGAGAUGAGCUGAAAAGUGAUGAAAAUGCAUAUGGGAUAGUCUUGCGAACAGUGUUAGUUAGUGUGAACAUCUGAAAACAGCUGUUUUAUUUCGUUUUCGGUACGUACACAGAGUAUUCAUCAAUCGAGCCAACAAUUUGCCGAUUGCUUUUGUAAAUAUGCGGAAUCCUAGAAUGAGCUACGUAUUUCGUGACAGUUUUUCACGAAAGAAGGUUUUACGAAAGAAACAAGGCAAAGUGACCAAACGCAACGUUACCAUUCCUUCGUUUUUGGGUCCGCAAACCCUGCUCAGUACAGAGAUUCAAUCAAGUUCCGGAUCGAAUGUUUUUUCUGACCCUAAUACUAAUAUCCGCCCAGAAGUCAAAGACUCAAAAAAUGAGGGCCAAUGUCUUGAAUUAGAUAAUACAUCUUCUUCCCAGUACCUCCAGAAUAUGGAAUCUAUGAACAUAGAUUCAGAGUCAGAAAGUGUACUGCACGAGGAAAAUUUUAAAAGUUCUUCGAAUGAAACUUUGGGAACUGAUGAAGAAACGCCCGACAAUGAUAUCUAUCAUCCAGGUUUAAACGUCCGUAAAACAGAAAUAUUAUUCAUGUUAAUGAAUAUAUUCAUUAAACAUAAUUUGACGAACUCUGCUCUAGAGGAUAUAUUAUCGAUGCUGAAUAUCAUCCUUGGUUCUGACAUGCUACCAAAGACGUUCACCAAAUUCAGUGAAUUUUUCUCGAAAAAUGCAUUUUCGCGUCACUACUUUUGUGAGGUUUGCAUAAAAUAUAUUGGAACCGAAAAAACAAAAUGUUACAAAUGCGACAAAGAAAAAUUACAUUUCUUUAUUACCUUUGAUGUUGUACAAAAUUUGAAAGAUGUUCUUCUCAAAAAUUGGGAAAGUUUUGAAUUUUUUUGGCGCAAUAACAUGAACCACACUAAAACAACCGAUAUGGUGACUGCCAAAGUAGUUCAAGAGCGCAAGAGAACUGACAAUAACAGUAUAACUCUGAGUCUGAAUACGGAUGGUUUCCAUUCCCUGGAAGCUAUCCGUUAUGGAUCGAAAUAA